CAUAAUACGAUUGGCUCCCUCGCUUUCGUCCAUUCGCACCCUCCAGCAUCUUCCGGGACUUCCGCUCCACCAGGCCCUCGCCAUUCACAAACAUCUUUCAUCCAAACGCUCUCUUUUUCAUUCAUUCACUGCCCUCUCCUCGUCAUAAUUUCAACCGCUCCCUCAGCCCCGACCAUCGACUAUUUUGCAUCUGCUGUACCCCGCUAUCACACUAGCCCACUUGCACUACACCACCACCACCACCAUCAUCAUGCCUCCAUUCGCCCCACCCUCCGUGGUCCUCCAAAAGAGAGACAACAUGGGUUUCCAACUUGCUCCCGCUCUCAUCAUCUUCCUCGUCAUCCUCGGAGCCGGUGGCCUUGUAUGCUGUGGCUUUGCCAUUUUUCGAUUCUAUGGCAAAGACCCUGAUUCAGAGGCCUCUCUUUUCAACCGCUCGCCCGAGCAAGACGCCUAUAUGCGCGAAGUCCGAGAGCGCAACUGGUCCAGGCUCCCCCAAUUUGGAAUGAUGAAGGGCGUAAACUAUUCACAACAACAACAUGCCCAUGCACCCAUGAGUCCAAGCGCCAGCAAUACCACUUAUGGAUGAUGCACAAACAAAGCAGCUUUCUGCACAUUGAUACAGUCAGAUAAGAUACGAUGCCAUCACUAUAUGCCAUCGUAAGAGGCAUGUUGGCUAAACAUUCAAACACGAUCAAGAAUGCACGAUGCUACGAUCCGAAGGCGCACGGGAUGUGAUUAUUUCGAGAAAUUUUCGGUGCAUAUACGCACCCUUCCAGUACGGAUAAGAGAUAGUACGG